ACUGUCACCAAUUUCUUACAAACACUUUGUAUUUGUUGCGGUGUUUUUUCUUGACGAAAGAAUAUUUUUUUGCAAUAGAAGUCUAAUAAAUUUUCAAUGUGAAUCACAAUUUUAACUUAUGCUAAUUCUUAUAACAGCAUACACAAUCAAAAAUGAGUUCAAAAGAGCCAGAACUUGGAAUCAUCAAACAAGAUGAAGAUAAGCCUGCAACCCAGAGAACAGAGUUUAUAGUUGAAUCAAAAGAUAUUCCUGACUCAGUUCAAAAAGACUGUGGAGAUGCCGGAAAACAAAUUGUUGAUAAUCUUACAACUAAGCCAGUUGAACAAAAAAAGAUGUCCGACUUUGAGGAUGACGAUAAUGAUGACGAUGAGAUGCAAUUGAGAUGGGACGAUGAUGAUGAAGAGUCAAAUAACGGAAUAACUAAUGCAAAAGAGACUGUCAACCAGAUUGAAGAUGACUUAGCUUUAAAAGAUUCAUUUGAAAAUCCAUCAACAACACUAGUUUCUGCAGUAAAGGAAUUAGAAAGCGCUAUAAUUGAAUCUAAAAAUAAAGAGUUAGGUGAUUUUUCUUCUACAAAAUUUACAGCUAAUGAUGGUACAGAUAAAGCUAAGAAAAUUACAGUAGAAAUGGAAACUAACUCUUCUAAAGAAAUUUUAGAUAAUAUCGACGAACUUAUUGGAAUGGAGGAGUCAUCUGAAAUAAAAAAUGAUAAAGAAAAUCCUAAAAUAAACUGUGAUUCUGGCUUGACAUCAAAUAAAUGUGAUGAUCAAAAAGCUAUCGGUGAAUCUGAAGUGAGUGAAAAUAAUGUAGAUACUCCUGUAUAUUUAACAAAAGACUUGGAUGACGAUCUAACUACAAAACCUACAGAUUCUAAUGCUUUAAAUGUUACUACUGGGUCCAUAGAUGAAAAAAAGGUCCUUUCAAGUACUAUAAAUGAUUCUUUUAUUGAUAGUGAUGUCAAAUUUGAACAUGGCCUUAAAAGACCUGACGUAAUGUUGGAAAUACCAACCCAAGAAAUAAUUGAUUGUUUAGAUGAUUUUGAUGACUCUGAUUGUGAAAAAGAUGAGGAUAAAGAUGUGACUCUUGAUAUUAGUAAACAAAUUAAUGUCUUAGAUGGGGAUAUGGAUUCUAAAAUUGAUGAUGAUAUAGAAUUUGAUGAUGAAGUUCAAAUUGAUAAAACUUGUGAUCUGGAAGUAACCAAAGUAUCCAAAAAUGAAGAUUUAUGUGUAAAUGAUGUAGAAAUGUGUGAUGCGUCGGAAAAAAUUAACGUAGCUUUAAAACCAAAUGAAUCAACCAAGUCUACAAAUGAACAAUUUGUGAUAGAAGAUCCAGAAUUAAUUGGGAAAGAUAAUAUUGCCGAAGUAUUACCCAAAUCAAUUGAUACUACAACAAAUAAAGAUAAAGUGAAAUGCAUAACUUUAGAAACCAAUUUGAUGGAUGUGGAUGACAUUCAUAUGCCUGGAGAUGAACUGAAAUCUGCUUCUAACAUUACAGUAAAGAAAGUUGAAGAUGAUGUGUACAGUAAUGUUAAUUUUCAACCAUCAGAAGUUAAAGAAAUUCCUUCAGAGAAAAUAGAUGAAAUCGUCAAUUUGCAAGUUAUAGAACAAAACAUCGUAACACAAGAUAAAACAGAAAAUACAUGUACUGAACCCCAGCAUACCGCAAUUGUAGAACACAUUCCAGACAGUAUACAAGAAACUGACAUACAAAUUUCACAUGAAAAUUCAGAAGUCAGAAACAAGUCCGAAAAUGAAGACAUCGUUAUUGCUUCGGUGUCAGAUGAAACAUCUGACCCUGCAUUCUCAAAAGAUUUUAAAGAUUCAAAAGAAUCCUCAGUUAAGAUAUUUAUAGAUUCAAAACCGUCGUCAAAAUCAGUGUUGAUUAGUGAAACAAGCACUAAGAUACCUAAGAAUUUUUAUCCGCAAAAAACAGAAACAAUUAAACCAAUUUUAGAUAAAAAAGACAUGGAGUCAACCAAUGAUCCUAAUUUAUUAGAAAAUGUAGAAUCAAUGAAUUCUAAAUCAACAAAUUUAGAGGAGAAUAAGCCAAUGUCAGACAAAGCAUCUAAUAAAGAUUUACCAACAAAAGAAUCAGAAACUUUAGAACCAACAACUGACCAAUCUUCAACAUCUAUGGAAGUAGAUGAAUCGCCUAAAGAUCCUAAUUCACCAGACAAUGUAGAACCAAUUAAUUCUGAAUCAGCAAAUACAGGAGUGAUCAAGUCAAUAUCCAACAAAGAAUCAAGUAAAGAUGUACUUCCUGACUUAACUUCAACAGCCAAAGAGCCAGAUCAGUCAACAAAAGAUUCUAAUUCUUCAGAAAAUUUAGAAUCAAUCCAUUCUGAAACAUCAAAUACAGAAGGAACCAAGGCAAUUCAUCUACCAUCGAAAGAUAUAGAUUCAAAUUCCAAGGAAAUGGGUGAGUCGCCAAAAAAUAAUAGUUCAUCAGAAAAUAUGAAAUCAAUCAUUGUUCAGUCUAUUGAUACAGAAGAAGCCAAGACUACAUCGGAAAUAGAAUCUAAUAAAGAACUGCCAUCAAAAGAAGCUGUAAUAUUAAAAAUGUCUGAACUUUCAACAUCCGAUGAACAAAAAGAUACAAAAUUAUCAGAAAAUGUGCAAUCAAUUUCUGAAUCAACAAAAACAGAAGACACCAAGCCAAUAUCAGACAAAGAAUCUAAUAGAGAUCUAACGUCAAAAGGAACGGAAAAUAUAGAACUGUCAACUUUUACAGAAUCAACAGUUGACCAAUCAAAGGGAUUGGACAAUUCAUCAGAUCUAGUACCAGACACUACAGAUGAAGUGCCCGAGGGGGCGGAAGACAGUUUGGGGCUGCUUGCGGAAUCCUCGAGGGUGAUGGACGAUGACGAAGAAGACGAGGAAGGCGAUGCUGAUGAUGAUGAAGAUUUUGAUCUGGACGAUGAGAGCAGUAACCAAAUGACAGCAGAACACUCAGAAGAUUCCAGCGCACAGCCGGAUAAGGAAGACGGACAGACGGACAAGGAAGACCAGAUUCUCACCACGGAAGAGAAACAGAUCAAUUUUGCUGUAUCCAACAUCACAACUGAGAAGGAAGCUGGUGAUAUGGAAAUAACAACAGAAGAGACGAAGGUAUCGCAUGACGUCACGACCGGUGACGCUGCGCCCGCGCCGGUCGAAGCGAACACUGACAUAGGAUCUGACAAAGAGACUGUCGCUGUAGAUCAACAUGCAGACGUGGAAACUGUGUCGGUCAAGGAGACCGAGGCGGCAACCAACAGCAUUCUCAAGGAGUUGCUCAUGAAUCAAGAUGUUCCUGUUGCAAAGACCACUAUGUCGGAAACUGUUGUGGAAUUGGAGUGCAGUUCGUCUGAAGAUGACAUCCAAGAAGUGAGCAAGCCAAAAGAGUGUGAAGUGUCAACUGAUGUCAAAAAGGACGACACGAAAUCAACAGCUCAGCAUGAUGUAAAAGCCGAGGCGGAGACAAAGAACACGGAAGACGAAAAGGUGAAGACCGAACAAUGCAAGCCUGAUGCCAACGUGGAAGUGUUCAAUUUGGAUUCCGAUGAGGACGUAGCGGUUGCUGAAGAAAUACCCGAGAAACCGGAGUCAAACAAAUGUAUAAACCCUUACUGUCCGAGCGGCGCACGCGCAUCAUAUGUGCUGGCCGAUAUAGCCGCCAGAGCUUAUUUCGACGCGAACAAGAAGAAGAAGUAUAGAGUUUGCGUUGCGUGCGCAGACGCCGUGGCCGAGAGGUCUAAGGGUCUAGUAAAAGGCGUGAAAGAAUUGACCCCUCUUCUAGAGCUGGACCUUCGGAAGGUUUCCUCGGAAACUGUCGAGAUUUCUGACUCGGACUCCGACGACGGUGAUGCGUUCGUGAAGCCUGAAGCGCUAGGAGAGAGCGCCGUUAAAUAUUUAGAAGACAAUUUAGCUGACGUGAUCAACGAGACCUGGAUCAAAUACAAGUUGGACGAGAGGUUGACCGAUGCUCAGAUGGAGUUGAACAAAGCGUUGGAGAAGCUGGAAGCCGAUAGCAAGGAAAUCGAUACAAUGCUGAACGAAUGCCAAGUCGCCACGGAUCUGCUCAGAAAUCAACUCUACGCCACGUUCGAGCCGGAGAGACGGGAAUUGACCGCCAUUUGCAUUGUGGACACGCCUUUGGAGAAAUCCUCAUAUUUCGAUUCUGGCACCAAUGCUGAGACACUUGAUAAGGGACUCAAACGUCAUAGCAGCUCCGCGGUUGCCGAGCAACCAGCGAAAAGAGCCGCCAUACCGCUUGGUUACACGCCUCUCGAUGACGAUACGAAAUCGAGCAAUCUUGAUGCUGGCAAUGAUGAUGAUAAAGACGUAUCAGUGGUGAAGUUAUCAGCGGAAGUGGCACCUUCAGACCUGCCUCCGCCGGGUGAGAUAAUUCGACCGCGACUUAGUACCGGCACAGCGGUGUUCGCUAUGAGAAACUCCUUCUGCACCUGGGUGCCCAGCAAGAUAGUGGAAAGCUUCCCCAAAAAUUUAGCGAACGCCUUUACUAUGUGCCGCGUAAAGUUUGAAAUCAAACAGAAGAUCUCAACUAGAAUGUUGUCGGCGAGGUGUCUCGCGUACUUCGAACCGGCUGACGUCAGACUGACUAUUGGCACCCGCGUCAUCGCGUUGUCCAAAGAGAAUGUGAAAUUAAACGAACCCAACAAGACAAACAACAAGAGCUUCUACUCCGGCAUAGUGGCUGAGAUACCCAACCCCGUCAACAAUUACAGAUACCUAAUAUUCUUCGACCACGGUUACGCGCAAUAUGUACACCACCGCGACACCCGCGUGGUGUGUGAGAGCUCCACACUCGUGUGGGAGGAGGUCCAUCCUAACUCCAGGGAGUUCGUGAAGCAGUACCUCAUUGCUUACCCUGAGAGGCCCAUGGUGCGGCUGCAUGCGGGGCAGCGCCUCAAAACGGAGUGGAACGGAAAAUGGUGGGUGACCAAAGUGCUGCAAGUCGACGCCUCUCUAGUAGAAGUGGCAUUCGAAGACGACAGGACGGAGUGGAUCUACCGCGGCUCCACUCGUCUGGCGCCCCUGUUCUUGGAGCUGCAAGCGGCUGAAAGGCAGAGAGCUAGGCCUUUGCCCAGGAGCAACCAGAGGCGGUUGAACAUGCCAUACGUGGAGUACACGCGUUCGGAGGAACAGAAUAAGGCCGACGCUCUAGCGGCCGAGCAGACGAGGCAGCAACAACAAAACGAGGAAAUGCGACGCCAACGCGCCGUGGCUAAGAAAUCAACCGCGCUCCCAAUACCGCCACCCAGCCAGACGUCACAAUCUAACUUGGACAGCGUCACUAGUCGAGUUGUGUACUACACGCCCAAAAACGCAGUGAAACCAUACAAGAUGACGCCACACACUUGUUCCCCAAAAUGCAAGCGUACUGAUGUAUUGGCUCUUAAGGACUUGAGGACAUACAACCCUUUGGCCAAACCAUUGCUUAGCGGUUGGGAGAGACAAGUGGUCCGCUUCAAGGGACACAAGGAAGUGAUGUACCGCGCGCCGUGCGGGCGGCGAGUGCGCGACGUGGCCGAGCUGCUGCGCUAUCUGCGCUGCGUGCGCUCCGACAUGCCGGUCGAUCUGUUCGACUUCGGGGCCAGCACGCACUGUCUGGCCGAGUUCGUGCUCAACAAGUGUCUCGUGGGGAAGAAGGACCUCUCCCACGGCAAAGAAAACGUGCCCGUACCAUGUGUAAACUAUUACGACGAAUCGUUGCCGGAAUUCUGUUCUUACAACACUGAGCGCACUCCCACUGCUGGGGUCCCGCUCAAUUUGGACCCCGAGUUCCUGUGUGGGUGUGACUGCACUGAUGAUUGUCAGGAUAAAUCAAAAUGCGCCUGUUGGAAGUUGACGCUAGAGGGCGCCAGGACCAUAGGGCUGGACAACAACGUGGGCUACGAGUACAAGCGGCUGCCGGAGCCGCUGCCCUCCGGGAUAUACGAGUGCAACUCCAGGUGCAAGUGCAAGCACACGUGCCUCAACAGGGUGGCGCAGCAUCCGCUGCAGCUGAAGUUGCAAGUGUUCAAGACGAUGAACCGCGGCUGGGGCAUCCGGGCUCUGAACGAUGUCCCGAAGGGCGCCUUCCUCUGCGUGUACGCAGGGAACCUAUUGACCGACGCCACAGCCAACUUGGACGGUCUGAACGAAGGAGACGAAUACUUGGCAGAGCUGGACUACAUAGAGGUGGUGGAACAGAUGAAGGAAGGCUUCGAGGAGGACAUACCCGACGCGGACAAGAAAUUGGACCGGAAGUCUUCGCAGUCUUCCUCUGGAGAGGAGUCGUCAGAAGAAGAGGAAACGCACGCGAAAGAUGAUGAAGAAGACUAUGACUUCCAGCCAGGAUUCAUUGGCUUGGGAAUCCAAGAGUUCAGUAAACGCCUGCGGAAAAGGGACAGGGCGAAAAAGAAAGGCGAAGAGAAGGAGAAAGAGAAAGGGAAGGAGAUAGACAAGGGGAUGGAGGACGACGGCUGCAUCACCAUCAGUGACGAUGAAGAAGCAAAGGAACCGACCAAGUUUAUGGCGCAAUCCGGAAUCGGUGCGAAAGAGUUCGUUUCUAAAUAUAAGUCUGUGCGAGCCCUGUACGGCAAGGACGAGGCGUGCUACAUCAUGGACGCGAAGGUUCAGGGCAACAUCGGCAGGUACCUCAAUCAUUCAUGCACACCAAAUGUAUUCGUGCAAAACGUAUUCGUGGACACCCACGACCCGCGCUUCCCGUGGGUUGCGUUCUUCGCGCUGUCGCACAUCCGCGCGGGCACGGAGCUCACGUGGAACUACAACUAUGACGUGGGCUCCGUGCCCGGCAAGGUCUUGUACUGCUAUUGCGGGGCGCCUAACUGUAGGGGGCGCUUGUUGUAAACUCAUAAGCCUAAUUUUCAUUGCGAAACUACGAAGUUUCCUUACGAAAUUAGUUGCAUUAAAGUAGUUUAGUGACAUUAAUUUCAUCAAAAUUAGUCACAUCAGGUAAAACUGGCGAAACAAGCCUAAGUUUCAUUAAGAAACUAGUUGCAUGAAAAUAGUUUUGUCAUUGUUACCCAUCUUUAAAAAAAUUUCCAUCGUGAAAAGACGCAUGCGUGUCAUAUUUGAUGAAAUUAACUUCACAAAACUAAGUCAUUGUCAUUUCUUUAUUCCGGUUUCUCAAUUAAACAUAACUUUGCAAAAUAUUUUCUUGGAUGCAAAGAUUCCUUGUACAACUUUUAAAUUAAAAUGGCUGUAUUACAUUAAGAAUAAGUUCCUAGAAGGUAUGUGUGUAUCAUGUGUACGUGUUUCUUUUAUAUGGGGAUAUGUUGUUUCUGAAGUUUUAUGUCUACGAGGGUCGUCAUGUAUGCCGUAAUAGUGUUCAAAGCGAAUAGAAAUGAAUCCCGGUUUCUUUCUCAGCAAUUAAGCGUCGGAGCCCGGCAAAUUUAUGCAACCACAAUUAUUUUUUAAUAUAAAUUAUUGUAAGCACAGAAAUUUGAAAAAUAUAUAGAAAGGAUACGUUUUAUUUUGGCAUCGCCUGACUUGACAAUGUGAAGUUUCUUUAACUCACAUGUUUUAUAGUAUAACGAACAAUACGAUAAACAGUUUGUAAAAACUAAAAAAAGGAUUUUUUUGCCAUUGCAAUACCAAAUAGUGAAGAUUUGUGUGUGUGAUCACCUGGAUCGCCUCGUUUAUAGACAGACUGCAGUUAAAUAGCUUUUUUAGGCAAAAAAUGCUUAUGCCAGGAGUUUCCUCUCUUCAUAUAACUAGAUUAUUGUUACCGAUCGAUAUAAAACAAAGUUUAAUUACUUACUAUUCUAGCUCAGUGACCAAAAAUGAGUCUUUGAAAGCAUAGAUUAAAAGGCUCAAAUGUAACCGAAUUCGAAAUUGUUUUUUUUACGUACAAUCAACAGCUUAUGAAACUACCUAAAUUCAUUGCGUUUGACGACCUCGGUGGCGCAGUGGUAAAGUUCUUGCCACUGAACCGAGAGGUCCCGGGUUCGAUCCCCGGUCGGGUCAUGAUGGAAAAUGAUCUUUUUCUGAUUGGCCCGGGUCUUGGAUGUUUAUCUAUAUAUGUAUUUGUUAUAAAAUAUAGUAUCGUUGAGUUAGUAUCCCCUAACACAAGUCUCCUACUUACUUUGGGACUAACUCAAUCUGUGUGAUUUGUCCUAUUAUAUAUUUAUUUAUUGCAAACUCGCCCCAAUUACAGUGGCAUAAAGAUCCAGGCGGGGUAAUUUGACAUGCGGUCGACUGUACACUUUGAUUUUUUUGUGAUUUUCAUUGUCAUUCAUGUAUUCAAAUUUCUGUGUAGUUACAGUCUGUCAAUCAAGUGAAGGAAACAGUUAACAAGUUUAGUUUUAGUUAACCGAUUCAUUGCGGAUGGCACGCCUGCCGUGCCAUUACUUUCUUUUACGUGUGGCGUAGGGCGCGGGAGCCGUGUCAUUUUUAAAUCGAUGAUAACUCCUUCAAAUUAGGUUUUAGGGAGAUCUACCCAGAACAAAAUUGUCGCUAUUUUUCAUCUAAAUCAAGGUCGUAGCCUUCGUUUCUGGUAAUUGUAUGAUUUUAUUAAAAGCAGGUGUAACCAACCUUUUCAGAUGCUUAAAAUUGCAAUUUAAUAAUACCUAGGCUACAUGACUCAAUUUUGUUUUGUUUAAAUAUGGAAACACCUCUAAAAAUAAGCCCACUAGUAAAAGAAAUACCAUGAUUACUGAAGAACUCUUUGACAUAAAGUCACACUUUUUUGGCGAGUCCAAAACGUUCCAUAGAGAAGGCUACCUAGGUGUGACGUCACUUCUAAAUAAUAUGUAUUUCGUAGGACACGUGCGUGAACUUUAUAUGAUAACUAUGUAAAAUAUUGUGUUUAUGGUAUAGGCCUCAUAAUAAAAGUUGCUUUGAUUUUAAUAAGUUACCUUAUGAUAAUACAAUUUUUUGCUUUUUCUAUAGUUUUAAAAUGGACUUGCCCAACUAACUUCAAAUAAUCUUUAAUAUAAAAAUAAAUCGCUAAAUGUGUUGGUAAGCGCAUAACUCAAGAACGCCUGGACCAAUUUGGCCAAUUCUUUUUUUUUAAUAUUCUUCGUAGCUCAAGGAUGGUUUUUACGGCGAGAAAAUGUAUGUACCUCGGGCGAAGCCGGGGCGAGCAGCUAGUAGUUACAAAAUUAAAAGUGUGAUUAUUAGUUUCGGUUAGGUAAAAAUUUAUGUAUUAUGAAACAUUAUUUCCAAAACUCUACUCCUGUCAUGUAGCCUAUUAGUUAUGGAAAAAUACCACGUGCGGUUCAAUAUGGCUAAUAUGAGUCUUAUUGCACACGACACUUCAUGUCCUAAACAAUGGAGGAUCCCUGCCGGAGAGAUAACAAGUUGCAUGUCCCUACGAAGUACCAACAAUGUAAAAUGACCAGUACGUUUUGUACAAUAUGGUCCAUUUUUGCGUGGACAGAUAAGAAAAAGGUCCUAAAAAAUUCGAAGGUGAAUGUUUUCUUAUCUUUUGUGAAUUAGUUCUGUUUUGCUAUCCUUGGUGAUCAGAUCUGCGUGCGUAUCGAUGACAUUGAGAUCGUAUAUCUGGGCUUUCGACAUUUGUGUUGUGAGGACUGUGUUACUGUGCUCUGAUCUUCGUAAAAAAACGACUGCUGCUUGUAUAACUGGACUCCGUGAUCUGCCAAUGUGACGACUCAGCCUGUGUACAUAAAUCUCUGCUUGCCGUAAACUUCAUGGUAACUUAUUGGGUAAGUUACUCUUAUUGGUACUCUUUUGAACUCCUAUAAGAGCACACUAUAAGGUAGGUACUCUUUUGAACAGAGUAAACUUUGUUCAAAAGAGUACCUAUCUAUGUAUCCAAUGGAGGGAUCCUGUUUGUUCUCAUGAUUAAAUUUAUCAUAAUAUGGUUUGUCAUAAGGCCUUUCUCAUAAUUUUUCUAACAUAAUAAUUGAUUCACAUAAAGUUUAUUGCUAUAAUGCUUGUGUAGGCAUAAUGUUAGUUUAUAAUAAUGAGUUUUGCUGUAAAAUAGUAUAUCAUAAUGGGUUUGUCAUAACAGUUAUAGUCAUAAUCAUAGUUUAUUAUAAUUUAUUUAGUUCAUAAAUUCUAUUCUAACUCUAUUUUAAACCCUUAUAAGUGGCUAAAAUUUGAAUAAGUUUUUUCAUAAGAUUUUCUAACGAGAAAACGAGAGAAUUUUGUUGAUGGUUUCCUGAACCUGAAAAUGUAAGACAUUAACAUUUCAAUAAGUAUUUUCACUUUAAAUUACUUAAAAACACUAGUAUAGGUUAAGGUGCGGCGGCCCUUGGGCCACCCCUUAGCCGCGAACAUAAAUAAACUAAAUAAACUAAAUCACUUUAACUUAUCACAUUCUUC